UUAGUAUAUUAGGGUGAAAUAAGUUUUUAUAAUAAGGUUGUGACAAUACCGACUUUGGAUGACGAAAUUUUUAAAUAAAGUGAAAGGUGUGAAGGAAUUAAAAGACGGGACAGAAGUUAAAUAUUGACAGAACAAAUUGAUAAAUUUGGGGUAAAUGAAGCAGCUUAAAGCGCGUUCGACCAGCCCAAGACAUCGACUUACCUCAGAGGAAACAGUGUAAACGAAAAUAGAGAAAAGAUGGAGCAUACACACUUUCUUGCGAAAAACACAAAUUCAAUUGUGGACCUAAAACUAAAAGCAAAAUUGCUUCAAAAUCAAGCGUCAGUGUGCAACGGUGAAAAUGACACUGAAGAUGAUGAUUCGAUGUCUAGACAACAUCAGGUUGCCCUGAAUGUGGAAAGAAGUGUUGAAAUAGAAAUGGAAAAUGAAGGGAACACUUUAGUUUCCGAAGUUUCCUCGAGCCAAACGGUCACCGGAAGACGUGAGGAAUGGACACAUAGACGUGCGUGUUUGGUUAUAGCAACAAGCGCCGUUAUAGGAUGUCUACUGUCAUGUACCGUCCUUAUUCCAGUUUUUUACAUGAGCAGUUCGUCCGAGCCUCUCUUUGUUUCGUCGGGCAAUGCAACGACAGAAUCCCAAGAACACUGGCAGGCGCGCUAUACGGACAAUGCAACUCAUAGCAAACCAAUCGGAAGAUUUGUCCUUGAUCAGCAGUCAUUAUUUGUAAAUGGUUUGUUACGAUGGAAGGAAUCGGAGCAGACAGCAGGCUCUAGUAUGCAGCUGAGCCCGAAUGGGUUCUGUGUUGUGGCGCCAGAAUCCGGACUCUACAUGGUGUACUCACAGAUAACUUUCACUUUCGACGGGCGAACAGACCGGUCCGAGGUGGCGCACAUCGUCAGCGUUCGAAGUGGCGAUGACGACCGCAAGCUGCAGAAAAAGUUGAUCAGCAUCCCGUACAGAAACCCCGAGCUUCCGGAGCGCCAGCAGACUAUGGAAUCCAGUAAUCUCAUAACGUCCGCGAAAGUUGCGGCCGACGACCGCAUAUGUAUAGGGGCCAGCCCGGUGAAUCUUGUCUACAACUCACAGGUAGACAACGUACUUACGGUUGUAAAGGAAGAGUAAAAGAAGGAUUCCGUCGUCACAGAGCCGAUGGAACACAUCACGUUAACGCAGGAUAAAAUCUAGUUACGAGUAAACUCUUAAAUUGGCCACCCUAAGCAAUAGUGUUCAAUCAAUACAAUAGUUCACGGGUAUAACCCGGGUGCUUUUGUUCAGUAUAAGUUGAUAUCACCGUCAGUGUAACGUCUAAAAGCAGAAUAAAACACGAUUGUGAUGUUUACAUAAGCGGAGCAAUCGAAUCUGAAAUACAUAGAAGUUUGUUAGUUGUUGAACAAAAAUACAUUCACAUAUUCUUGUAUAAAUUUGUAGUUGACCAUGAUACAUUACUUAGCAUGAUUGAUGUUGUUGGUGUACUUUGUUUGUUAAAGUAAACUGUCAUUGUUGUCAUAGAAGAAAGUUUGGUAUCACUUAAUUUACGAAAAGGCAUGAUAUUGUAAGAAAUGUUUAUUUACGCAAAGGAAUGACAUUGUAAGCAUUGUUUGUUUAACACGACAUAACAUUGUAAGAAAUUUUUUAACACCACAUGACAUUGUAAGAAAUGUUUGUUUUAACACGACAUGACAUUGUAGGAAAUGUUUGUUUUAAUACGACAUGCCAUUGUAAGAAAUGUUAAAUUUAACACGACAUGCCAUGUAAAAAAAUGUUUGUUUCAACCUUUCAUAUUCUUUGUAAAUAAUUUAUGAUAUAAACCUUUUUGGGUUCAAUAAUGUCGCUUUUUUGUGUAUAUGUUUUUGUUGGAUUGAGUAGAUAAAUGAUUUUGUAUAAAGCCUGUGAAAAAUAAUCGAUUUGAAUUGUUAUAAUGUGCUAAAAAUAUUAAGAUAAAAAUAUAU